AUGGGCAGCACAAGUAGCGAUACAACUGACACAGAAUCCAACAGCCCACCUGCCCUCACAUACAAAGUCUCCUAUACUACUUCUGCAGCUUCUGAGUUGGGUGAUAAAAGUACAACUUUUGUAAAAACCAAUCCAGUGACUCAUCUAAGCACUAGAGCAGAGACCCCAGCAGAAAUAUCUUCCAACAGUCCAGCCACAACUGGAUUCUCCACAGAAACAACUCUGCCUUUGUCAACAACAAGCACAACGGAUGACCCAGCAACCUUAAACCCCUUACAAACAGUAUCCAGCACCUCUUCCUCCUCACCUGUAUCAGAGAGUGAUUCCCAGGCAAGCGAGCAAACUGCUUCUAAUGCUGUCAGUGAGCACGUCUCUACUGCAACAAGCAACGCACGCACUGAAGAAACAUCCUCUACUCAUUCUGCCCCUGUCAUGAAAUCCAGCUUGGGCAGCACAUCCACGAAAGGUGCAUUCUCACUAGUUACCUCUGAACCGAAUACACAGGAGGACAUAACAACUUCCUCUAACCGAAGAACUGUGAACGAUGUAAAAGCAACAGACUGGAGCCAUUCUUCACUGCAUUCCACUGCUGCAGAGACACCUAGCACAGAUAGAGAGACAUCAGCUCUUCCAGGGAGCACUGUUAUUCUGGACAGCAGCACAGUGGCAUCAACUGCAACAUCCCGUUUGAUCACAAAUAUUCCUCCGCAGACAGAGGUUUCUAAAAUCACUGGCAGUAGCAAUACCGUUCCAAGGACAAUAUCAAUGGACAGCACAAGUAGCGAUACAACUGAUAUAGAAUCCAACAGCCCACCUGCCCUCACAUACAAAGUCUCCUCUACUACUUCUGUAGCUUCUGAGUUGGGUGAUAAAAGUACAACUUUUGUAGGAACCAAUCCAAUGACUCACCUAAGCACUACAGCAGGGACCCCAGCAGAAAUAUCUUCCAACAGUCCAGCCACAACUGGAUUCUCCACAGUAACAACUCUGCCUUUGUCAAUAAGAAGCACGAGGGAUGGCCCAGCAACUUUAAACCCCUUAGAAACAGAAUCCAGCACCUCUUCUUCCUCCUCACCUGUAUCAAAGAAUGAUUCCCAGGCGAGCGAGCAAACUGCUUCUAAUGCUGUCAGUGGGCACAUCUCUACUGUCACAAAUAAUGCUCCCAGUGAAGAAACAUCUUCUACAACUUCUGCGACUGUCACGGAAUCGAGCCUGGGCAUUAUAUCCACCAAAGGUGCAUUGUCACCAGUUACCUCUGAACCCAGUACAGAGGAGGACAUAAUAUCUUCCUCUAACCAUAGAACUGUGAACGAUGUAACAGCAAGAGACCGGAGCCAAUCCUCACUGCAUUCCACUGCUGCAGAGACACCCAGCACAGAUACAGAGACGUCAGCUCUUCCAGCGAGCACUGUUAUUGUGGACAGCAGCACAGUGGCACCAACUGCAACAUCCCGUUUGACCACAAAUAUUCCUCCGCAGACACAGGUUUCUCAAAUCACUGGCAGUAGUAAUACCGUUCCAAAGACAACAUCCAUGGAUAGCACAAGUAGUGGUACAACUGAUACAGAAUCCAACAGCCCACCUUCCCUCACAAACAAAGUCACCUCUACUUCUUCUGUAGCUUCUGAGUUGGGUGAUAAAAGUACAACUUUUGUAGGAACCAAUCCAGUGACUCACCUAAGCACUACAGCAGAGACCCCAGCAGAAAUAUCUUCCAACAGUCCAGCCACAACUGGAUUCUCCACAGAAACAACUCUGCCUUUGUCAACAACAAGCACAAGGGAUGGCCCAGCAACUUUAAACCCCUUAGAAACAGAAUCCAGCACCUCUUCUUCCUCCUCACCUGUAUCAAAGAAUGAUUCCGAGGCAAGCAAGCAAACUGCUUCUAAUGCUGUCAGUGGGCACGGCUCUACUGUCACAAGGAAUGGACACACUGAAGAAAUAUCUUCUACACCUUCUGCGACUGUCACGGAAUCCAGCUUUGGCAUUACAUCCACCAAAGGUGCAUUGUCAACAGUUACCUCUGAACCGAAUACAGAGGAGGACAUAACAACUUCCUUUAACCAGAGAACUGUGAACGAUGUAACAGCAACAGACCGGAGCGAUUCCUCACUGCAUUCAACUGCUGCAGAGACACCCAGCAGAGAUACAGAGAUGUCAGCUCUUCCAGUGAGCACUGUUAUUCUGGACAGCAACACAGUGGCACCAACUACAACAUCCCGUUUGACCACAAAAAUUCCGCCGCAGACAGAGGUUUCUCAAAUCACUGUCAUUAGUAAUACCGUUCCAAAGACAGCACCCAUGGGCAGCACAAGUAGCGAUACAACUGAUACAGAAUCCAACAGCCCACCUGCCCUCACAAACAAAGUCUCCUCUACUGCUUCUUUAGCUUCUGAGUUGGGUGAGAAAAGUACAACUUUUGUGGGAACCAAUCCAGUGACUCACCUAAGCACUAGAGCAGAGACCCCAGCAGAAAUAUCUUCCAACAGUCCAGCCACAACUGGAUUCUCCACAGAAACAACUCUGCCUUUGUCAACAACACACGCAAGGGAUGGCCCAGCAACUUCAAACCGCUUAGAAACAGAAUCCAGCACCUCUUCUUCCUCCUCACCUGUAUCAAUGAGUGAUUCGCAGGCAAGCGACCAAACUGCUUCUAAUGCUGUCAGUGAGCACGGCUCUACUGCCACAAGCAAUGCACGCACUGAAGAAACAUCCUCUACUCCUUCUGCGACUGUCACGGAAUCCAGCCUGGGCAUUACGUCCACCAAAGGUGCAUUGUCACUAGCUACCUCUGAACCGAAUACACAGGAGGACAUAACAUCUUCCUCUAACCAACGAACUCUGAACGAUGUAACAGCAAGAGACUGGAGCGAUUCCUCACUGCAUUCCACUGCUGCAGAGACACCCAGCAUAGAUAGAGAGACGUCAGCUCUUCCAGUGAGCACUGUUAUUGUGGACAGCAGCACAGUAGCACCAACUGCAACAUCCCGUUUGACCACAAAUAUUCCUCCGCAGACAGAGGUUUCUGAAAUCACUGGCAGUAGUAAUACCGUUCCAAAGACAGUACCCAUGGGCAGCACAAGUAGCGAUACAACUGACACAGAAUCCAACAGCCCACCUGCCCUCACAUACAAAGUCUCCUAUACUACUUCUGCAGCUUCUGAGUUGGGUGAUAAAAGUACAACUUUUGUAAAAACCAAUCCAGUGACCCAUCUAAGCACUAGAGCAGAGACCCCAGCAGAAAUAUCUUCCAACAGUCCAGCCACAACUGGAUUCUCCACAGAAACAACUCUGCCUUUGUCAACAACAAGCACAACGGAUGACCCAGCAACCUUAAACCCCUUAGAAACAGUAUCCAGCACCUCUUCCUCCUCACCUGUAUCAGAGAGUGAUUCCCAGGCAAGCGAGCAAACUGCUUCUAACGCUGUCAGUGAGCACGUCUCUACUGCAACAAGCAACGCACGCACUGAAGAAACAUCCUCUACUCCUUCUGCCCCUGUCACGAAAUCCAGCUUGGGCAGCACAUCCACGAAAGGUGCAUUCUCACUAGUUACCUCUGAACCGAAUACACAGGAGGACAUAACAACUUCCUCUAACCAAAGAACUGUGAACGAUGUAAAAGCAACAGACUGGAGCCAUUCCUCACUGCAUUCCACUGCUGCAGAGACACCUAGCACAGAUAGAGAGACAUCAGCUCUUCCAGGGAGCACUGUUAUUCUGGACAGCAGCACAGUGACAUCAACUGCAACAUCCCGUUUGAUCACAAAUAUUCCUCCGCAGACAGAGGUUUCUAAAAUCACUGGCAGUAGCAAUACCGUUCCAAGGACAAUAUCAAUGGACAGCACAAGUAGCGAUACAACUGAUAUAGAAUCCAACAGCCCACCUGCCCUCACAUACAAAGUCUCCUCUACUACUUCUGUAGCUUCUGAGUUGGGUGAUAAAAGUACAACUUUUGUAGGAACCAAUCCAAUGACUCACCUAAGCACUACAGCAGGGACCCCAGCAGAAAUAUCUUCCAACAGUCCAGCCACAACUGGAUUCUCCACAGUAACAACUCUGCCGUGGUCAAUAAGAAGCACGAGGGAUGGCCCAGCAACUUUAAACCCCUUAGAAACAGAAUCCAGCACCUCUUCUUCCUCCUCACCUGUAUCAAAGAAUGAUUCCCAGGCGAGCGAGCAUACUGCUUCUAAUGCUGUCAGUGGGCACAUCUCUACUGUCACAAGUAAUGCUCCCAGUGAAGAAACAUCUUCUACAACUUCUGCGACUGUCACGGAAUCGAGCCUGGGCAUUAUAUCCACCAAAGGUGCAUUGUCACCAGUUACCUCUGAACCCAGUACAGAGGAGGACAUAAUAUCUUCCUCUAACCAUAGAACUGUGAACGAUGUAACAGCAAGAGACCGGAGCCAAUCCUCACUGCAUUCCACUGCUGCAGAGACACCCAGCACAGAUACAGAGACGUCAGCUCUUCCAGCGAGCACUGUUAUUGUGGACAGCAGCACAGUGGCACCAACUGCAACAUCCCGUUUGACCACAAAUAUUCCUCCGCAGACACAGGUUUCUCAAAUCACUGGCAGUAGUAAUACCGUUCCAAAGACAACAUCCAUGGAUAGCACAAGUAGUGGUACAACUGAUACAGAAUCCAACAGCCCACCUUCCCUCACAAACAAAGUCACCUCUACUUCUUCUGUAGCUUCUGAGUUGGGUGAUAAAAGUACAACUUUUGUAGGAACCAAUCCAGUGACUCACCUAAGCACUACAGCAGAGACCCCAGCAGAAAUAUCUUCCAACAGUCCAGCCACAACUGGAUUCUCCACAGAAACAACUCUGCCUUUGUCAACAACAAGCACAAGGGAUGGCCCAGCAACUUUAAACCCCUUAGAAACAGAAUCCAGCACCUCUUCUUCCUCCUCACCUGUAUCAAAGAAUGAUUCCGAGGCAAGCAAGCAAACUGCUUCUAAUGCUGUCAGUGGGCACGGCUCUACUGUCACAAGGAAUGGACACACUGAAGAAAUAUCUUCUACACCUUCUGCGACUGUCACGGAAUCCAGCUUUGGCAUUACAUCCACCAAAGGUGCAUUGUCAACAGUUACCUCUGAACCGAAUACAGAGGAGGACAUAACAACUUCCUUUAACCAGAGAACUGUGAACGAUGUAACAGCAACAGACCGGAGCGAUUCCUCACUGCAUUCAACUGCUGCAGAGACACCCAGCAGAGAUACAGAGAUGUCAGCUCUUCCAGUGAGCACUGUUAUUCUGGACAGCAACACAGUGGCACCAACUACAACAUCCCGUUUGACCACAAAAAUUCCGCCGCAGACAGAGGUUUCUCAAAUCACUGGCAUUAGUAAUACCGUUCCAAAGAAAGCACCCAUGGGCAGCACAAGUAGCGAUACAACUGAUACAGAAUCCAACAGCCCACCUGCCCUCACAAACAAAGUCUCCUCUACUGCUUCUUUAGCUUCUGAGUUGGGUGAGAAAAGUACAACUUUUGUGGGAACCAAUCCAGUGACUCACCUAAGCACUAGAGCAGAGACCCCAGCAGAAAUAUCUUCCAACAGUCCAGCCACAACUGGAUUCUCCACAGAAACAACUCUGCCUUUGUCAACAACACACGCAAGGGAUGGCCCAGCAACUUCAAACCGCUUAGAAACAGAAUCCAGCACCUCUUCUUCCUCCUCACCUGUAUCAAAAAGUGAUUCCCAGGCAAGCGAGCAAACUGCUUCUAAUGCUGUCAGUGGGCGUGGCUCUACUGCCACAAGCAAUGCACGCACUGAAGAAACAUCCUCUACUCCUUCUGUGACUGUCACAGAAUCCAGCCUGGGCAUUACGUCCACGAAAGGUGCAUUGUCACUAGCUACCUCUGAACUGAAUACACAGGAGGACAUAACAUCUUCCUCUAACCAACGAACUCUGAACGAUGUAACAGCAAGAGACUGGAGCGAUUCCUCACUGCAUUCCACUGCUGCAGAGACACCCAGCAUAGAUAGAGAGACGUCAGCUCUUCCAGUGAGCACUGUUAUUGUGGACAGCAGCACAGUAGCUCCAACUGCAACAUCCCGUUUGACCACAAAUAUUCCUCCGCAGACAGAGGUUUCUGAAAUCACUGGCAGUAGUAAUACCGUUCCAAAGACAGUACCCAUGGGCAGCACAAGUAGCGAUACAACUGACACAGAAUCCAACAGCCCACCUGCCCUCACAUACAAAGUCUCCUAUACUACUUCUGCAGCUUCUGAGUUGGGUGAUAAAAGUACAACUUUUGUAAAAACCAAUCCAGUGACUCAUCUAAGCACUAGAGCAGAGACCCCAGCAGAAAUAUCUUCCAACAGUCCAGCCACAACUGGAUUCUCCACAGAAACAACUCUGCCUUUGUCAACAACAAGCACAACGGAUGACCCAGCAACCUUAAACCCCUUACAAACAGUAUCCAGCACCUCUUCCUCCUCACCUGUAUCAGAGAGUGAUUCCCAGGCAAGCGAGCAAACUGCUUCUAAUGCUGUCAGUGAGCACGUCUCUACUGCAACAAGCAACACACGCACUGAAGAAACAUCCUCUACUCCUUCUGCCCCUGUCACGAAAUCCAGCUUGGGCAGCACAUCCACGAAAGGUGCAUUCUCACUAGUUACCUCUGAACUGAAUACACAGGAGGACAUAACAACUUCCUCUAACCAAAGAACUGUGAACGAUGUAAAAGCAACAGACUGGAGCCAUUCUUCACUGCAUUCCACUGCUGCAGAGACACCUAGCACAGAUAGAGAGACAUCAGCUCUUCCAGGGAGCACUGUUAUUCUGGACAGCAGCACAGUGGCAUCAACUGCAACAUCCCGUUUGAUCACAAAUAUUCCUCCGCAGACAGAGGUUUCUAAAAUCACUGGCAGUAGCAAUACCGUUCCAAGGACAAUAUCAAUGGACAGCACAAGUAGCGAUACAACUGAUAUAGAAUCCAACAGCCCACCUGCCCUCACAUACAAAGUCUCCUCUACUACUUCUGUAGCUUCUGAGUUGGGUGAUAAAAGUACAACUUUUGUAGGAACCAAUCCAAUGACUCACCUAAGCACUACAGCAGGGACCCCAGCAGAAAUAUCUUCCAACAGUCCAGCCACAACUGGAUUCUCCACAGUAACAACUCUGCCGUGGUCAAUAAGAAGCACGAGGGAUGGCCCAGCAACUUUAAACCCCUUAGAAACAGAAUCCAGCACCUCUUCUUCCUCCUCACCUGUAUCAAAGAAUGAUUCCCAGGCGAGCGAGCAAACUGCUUCUAAUGCUGUCAGUGGGCACAUCUCUACUGUCACAAAUAAUGCUCCCAGUGAAGAAACAUCUUCUACAACUUCUGCGACUGUCACGGAAUCGAGCCUGGGCAUUAUAUCCACCAAAGGUGCAUUGUCACCAGUUACCUCUGAACCCAGUACAGAGGAGGACAUAAUAUCUUCCUCUAACCAUAGAACUGUGAACGAUGUAACAGCAAGAGACCGGAGCCAAUCCUCACUGCAUUCCACUGCUGCAGAGACACCCAGCACAGAUACAGAGACGUCAGCUCUUCCAGCGAGCACUGUUAUUGUGGACAGCAGCACAGUGGCACCAACUGCAACAUCCCGUUUGACCACAAAUAUUCCUCCGCAGACACAGGUUUCUCAAAUCACUGGCAGUAGUAAUACCGUUCCAAAGACAACAUCCAUGGAUAGCACAAGUAGUGGUACAACUGAUACAGAAUCCAACAGCCCACCUUCCCUCACAAACAAAGUCACCUCUACUUCUUCUGUAGCUUCUGAGUUGGGUGAUAAAAGUACAACUUUUGUAGGAACCAAUCCAGUGACUCACCUAAGCACUACAGCAGAGACCCCAGCAGAAAUAUCUUCCAACAGUCCAGCCACAACUGGAUUCUCCACAGAAACAACUCUGUCUUUGUCAACAACAAGCACAAGGGAUGGCCCAGCAACUUUAAACCCCUUAGAAACAGAAUCCAGCACCUCUUCUUCCUCCUCACCUGUAUCAAAGAAUGAUUCCGAGGCAAGCAAGCAAACUGCUUCUAAUGCUGUCAGUGGGUACGGCUCUACUGUCACAAGGAAUGGACACACUGAAGAAAUAUCUUCUACACCUUCUGCGACUGUCACGGAAUCCAGCUUUGGCAUUACAUCCACCAAAGGUGCAUUGUCAACAGUUACCUAUGAACCGAAUACAGAGGAGCACAUAACAACUUCCUUUAACAAGAGAACUGUGAACGAUGUAACAGCAACAGACCGGAGCGAUUCCUCACUGCAUUCAACUGCUGUAGAGACACCCAGCAGAGAUACAGAGAUGUCAGCUCUUCCAGUGAGCACUGUUAUUCUGGACAGCAACACAGUGGCACCAACUACAACAUCCCGUUUGACCACAAAAAUUCCGCCGCAGACAGAGGUUUCUCAAAUCACUGUCAUUAGUAAUACCGUUCCAAAGACAGCACCCAUGGGCAGCACAAGUAGCGAUACAACUGAUACAGAAUCCAACAGCCCACCUGCCCUCACAAACAAAGUCUCCUCUACUGCUUCUUUAGCUUCUGAGUUGGGUGAGAAAAGUACAACUUUUGUGGGAACCAAUCCAGUGACUCACCUAAGCACUAGAGCAGAGACCCCAGCAGAAAUAUCUUCCAACAGUCCAGCCACAACUGGAUUCUCCACAGAAACAACUCUGCCUUUGUCAACAACACACGCAAGGGAUGGCCCAGCAACUUCAAACCGCUUAGAAACAGAAUCCAGCACCUCUUCUUCCUCCUCACCUGUAUCAAUGAGUGAUUCGCAGGCAAGCGACCAAACUGCUUCUAAUGCUGUCAGUGAGCACGGCUCUACUGCCACAAGCAAUGCACGCACUGAAGAAACAUCCUCUACUCCUUCUGCGACUGUCACGGAAUCCAGCCUGGGCAUUACGUCCACCAAAGGUGCAUUGUCACUAGCUACCUCUGAACCGAAUACACAGGAGGACAUAACAUCUUCCUCUAACCAACGAACUCUGAACGAUGUAACAGCAAGAGACUGGAGCGAUUCCUCACUGCAUUCCACUGCUGCAGAGACACCCAGCAUAGAUAGAGAGACAUCAGCUCUUCCAGCGAGCACUGUUAUUGUGGACAGCAGCACAGUGGCACCAACUGCAACAUCCCGUUUGACCACAAAUAUUCCUCCGCAGACACAGGUUUCUCAAAUCACUGGCAGUAGUAAUACCGUUCCAAAGACAACAUCCAUGGAUAGCACAAGUAGUGGUACAACUGAUACAGAAUCCAACAGCCCACCUUCCCUCACAAACAAAGUCACCUCUACUUCUUCUGUAGCUUCUGAGUUGGGUGAUAAAAGUACAACUUUUGUAGGAACCAAUCCAGUGACUCACCUAAGCACUACAGCAGAGACCCCAGCAGAAAUAUCUUCCAACAGUCCAGUCACAACUGGAUUCUCCACAGAAACAACUCUGCCUUUGUCAACAACAAGCACAAGGGAUGGCCCAGCAACUUUAAACCCCUUAGAAACAGAAUCCAGCACCUCUUCUUCCUCCUCACCUGUAUCAAAGAAUGAUUCCGAGGCAAGCAAGCAAACUGCUUCUAAUGCUGUCAGUGGGCACGGCUCUACUGUCACAAGGAAUGGACACACUGAAGAAAUAUCUUCUACACCUUCUGCGACUGUCACGGAAUCCAGCUUUGGCAUUACAUCCACCAAAGGUGCAUUGUCAACAGUUACCUCUGAACCGAAUACAGAAGAGGACAUAACAACUUCCUUUAACCAGAGAACUGUGAACGAUGUAACAGGAACAGACCGGAGCGAUUCCUCACUGCAUUCAACUGCUGUAGAGACACCCAGCAGAGAUACAGAGAUGUCAGCUCUUUCAGUCAGCACUGUUAUUCUGGACAGCAACACAGUGGCACAAACUGUAACAUCCCGUUUGACCACAAAUAUUCCUCCGCAGACAGAGGUUUCUCAAAUCACUGGCAGUAGUAAUACCGUUCCAAAGACAGUACCCAUGGGCAGCACAAGUAGCGAUAGAACUGAUACAGAAUCCAACAGCCCACCUGCCCUCACAAACAAAGUCUCCUCUACUGCUUCUUUAGCUUCUGAGUUGGGUGAGAAAAGUACAACUUUUGUGGGAACCAAUCCAGUGACUCACCUAAGCACUAGAGCAGAGACCCCAGCAGAAAUAUCUUCCAACAGUCCAGCCACAACUGGAUUCUCCACAGAAACAACUCUGCCUUUGUCAACAACACACGCAAGGGAUGGCCCAGUAACUUCAAACCGCUUAGAAACAGAAUCCAGCACCUCUUCUUCCUCCUCACCUGUAUCAAUGAGUGAUUUGCAGGCAAGCGACCAAACUGCUUCUAAUGCUGUCAAUGAGCACGGCUCUACUGCCACAAGGAAUGCUCCCAGUGAAGAAACAUCUACAACUUCUGCGACUGUCACGGAAUCCAGCCUGGGCAUUAUAUCCACCAAAGGUUCAUUAUCACCAUUUACGUCUGAACCGAAUACACAGGAAGACAUAACAUCUUCCUCUAACCAACGAACUCUGAACGAUGUAACAGCAAGAGACUGGAGCCAAUCCUCACUGCAUUCAACUGCUGCAGAGACACCAAGCAGAUAUACAGAGACGUCAGCUCUUCCAGCGAGCACUGUUAUUGUGGACAGCAGCACAGUGGCACCAACUGCAACAUCCCGUUUCACCACAAAUAUUCUUCUGCAGACAGAGGUUUCCCAAAUCACUGGCAGUAGUAAUACCGUUCCAAAGACAGUACCCAUGGGGAGCACAAGUAGCGAUACAACUGAUACAGAAUCCAACAGCCUACCUGCCCUCACAAACAAGGUCUCCUCCACUGCUUCUGCAGCUGCUGAGUUGGGUGAUAAAAGUACAACUUUUGUAGGAACCAAUCCAGUGACUCACCUAAGCACUACAGCAGAGACCCCAGCAGAAAUAUCUUCCAACAGUCCAGCCACAACUGGAUUCUCCACAGAAACAACUCUGUCUUUGUCAACAACAAGCACAAGGGAUGGCCCAGCAACUUUAAACCCCUUAGAAACAGAAGCCAGCACCUCUUCUUCCUCCUCACCUGUAUCAAAGAGUGAUUCCGAGGCAAGCAAGCAAACUGCUUCUAAUGCUGUCAGUGGGCACGGCUCUACUGUCACAAGGAAUGGACACACUGAAGAAAUAUCUUCUACACCUUCUGCGACUGUCACGGAAUCCAGCUUUGGCAUUACAUCCACCAAAGGUGCAUUGUCAACUGUUACCUCUGAACCGAAUACAGAGGAGGACAUAACAACUUCCUUUAACCAGAGAACUGUGAACGAUGUAACAGCAACAGACCGGAGCGAUUCCUCACUGCACUCAACUGCUGUAGAGACACCCAGGAGAGAUACAGAGAUGUCAGCUCUUCCAGUGAGCACUGUUAUUCUGGACAGCAACACAGUGGCACCGUCUGCAACAUCCCGUUUGACCACAAAUAUUCCUCCGCAGACAGAGGUUUCUCAAAUCACUGGCAUUAGUAAUACCGUUCCAAAGACAGUACCCAUGGGUAGCACAAGUAGCGAUACAACUGAUACAGAAUCCAACAGCCCACCUGCCCUCACAAACAAAGUCUCCUCUACUGCUUCUUUAGCUUCUGAGUUGGUUGAGAAAAGUACAACUUUUGUGGGAACCAAUCCAGUGACUCACCUAAGCACUAGAGCAGAGACCCCAGCGGAAAUAUCUUCCAACAGUCCAGCCACAACUGGAUUCUCCACAGAAACAACUCUGUAUUUGUCAACAACAAGCACAAGGGAUGGCCCAGCAACUUCAAACCGCUUAGAAACAGAAACCAGCACCUCUUCUUCCUCCUCACCUGUAUCAAUGAGUGAUUCGCAGGCAAGCGACCAAACUGCUUCUAAUGCUGUCAGUGAGCACGACUCUACUGCCACAAGCAAUGCACGCACUGAAGAAACAUCCUCUACUCCUUCUGCGACUGCCACGGGAUCCAGCCUGGGCAUUACAUCCACCAAAGGUGCAUUGUCACUAGUUACCUCUGAACCGAAUACACAGAAGGACAUAACAUCUUCCUCUAACCAACAAACUCUGAACGAUGCAACAGCAAGACACCGGAGCCUUUCCUCACUGCAUUCCACUGCUGCAGAGACACCCAGCGGAGAUAGAGAGACGUCAGCUCUUCCAGUGAGGAGUGUUAUUGUGGACAGCAGCACAGUGGCACCAACUGCAAUAUCCCGUUUGACCACAAAUAUUCCUCCGCAGACAGAGGUUUCUCAAAUCACUGGCAGUAGUAAUACCAUUCCAAAGACAGUACCCAUGGGCAGCACAAGUAGCGAUACAACUGAUACAGAAUCCAACAGCCCACCUGCCCUCACAAACAAAGUCUCCUCUACUGCUUCUUUAGCUUCUGAGUUGGGUGAGAAAAGUACAACUUUUGUGGGAACCAAUCCAGUGACUCACCUAAGCACUAGAGCAGAGCCCCCAGCAGAAAUAUAUUCCAACAGUCCAGCCACAACUGGAUUCUCCACAGAAACAACUCUGUCUUUGUCAACAACAAGCACAAGGGAUGGCCCAGCAACUUCAAACCGCUUAGAAACAGAAUCCAGCACCUCUUCUUCCUCCUCACCUGUAUCAAAGAGUGAUUCCGAGGCAAGCAAGCAAACUGCUUCUAAUGCUGUCAGUGGGCACGGCUCUACUGUCACAAGGAAUGGACACACUGAAGAAAUAUCUUCUACACCUUCUGCGACUGUCACGGAAUCCAGCUUUGGCAUUACAUCCACCAAAGGUGCAUUGUCAACAGUUACCUCUGAACCGAAUACACAGAAGGAAAUAAAAUCUUCCUCUAACCAACAAACUCUGAACGAUGUAACAGCAAGACACCGGAGCCAUUCUUCACUGCAUUCCACUGCUGCAGAGACACCUAACGGGGAUAGAGAGACGUCAGCUCUUCCAGUGAGCACUGUUAUUCUGGACAGCAAGACAGUGGCACCAACUACAACAUCCCAUUUGACCACAAAUAUUCCUCCGCAGACAGAGGUUUCUCAAAUCACUGGCAGUAGUAGUACCGUUCCAAAGACAGUACCCAUGGGCAGCACAAGUAGCGAUACAACUGAUACAGAAUCCAACAGCCCACCUGCUCUCACAAACAAAGUCUCCUCUACUGCUUCUUUAGCUUCUGAGUUGGGUGAUAAAAGUACAACUUUUGUGGGAACCAAUCCAGUGACUCAUCUAAGCACUACAGCAGAGACCCCAGCAGAAAUAUCUUCCAACAGUCCAGCCACAACUGGAUUCUCCACAGAAAUAACUCUGCCCUUGUCAACAACAAGCACAAUGGAUGGCCCAGCAACUUCAAACCGCUUAGAAACAGAAUCCAGCACCUCUUCUUCCUCCUCACCUGUAUCAAUGAGUGAUUCGCAGGCAAGCGACCAAACUGCUUCUAAUGCUGUCAGUGAGCACGUCACUACUGUCACAAGUAAUGCUCCCAGUGAAGAAACAUCUACAACUUCUGCGACUGUCACGGAAUCCAGCCUGGGCAUUAUAUCCACCAAAGGUUCAUUGUCACCAUUUACGUCUGAACCGAAUACACAGGAAGACAUAACAUCUUCCUCUAACCAACGAACUCUGAACGAUGUAACAGCAAGAGACCUGAGCCAAUCCUCACUGCAUUCAACUGCUGCAGAGACACCCAGCAGAGAUACAGAGAUGUCAGCUUUUCCUGUGAGCACUGUUAUUCUGGAUAGCAACACAGUGGCACCAACUACAACAUCCCGUUUCAACACAAAUAUUCCUCCGCAGACAGAGGUUUCUCAAAUCACUGGCAGUAGUAAUACCGUUCCAAAGACAGUACCCAUGGGCAGCACAAGUAGCCAUACAACAGAUACAGAAUCCAACAGCCCACCUGCCCUCACAAACAAAGUCUCCUCUACUGCUUCUGUAGCUUCUGAGUUGGGUGAUAAAAGUACAACUUUUGCAGGAAGCAAUCCAGUGACUCACCUAAGCACUACAGCAGAGACCCCAGGAGAAAUAUCUUCCAACAGUCCUGCCACAACUGGAUUCUCCACAGAAACAACUCUGCGUUUGUCAACAAGAAGCACAAGGGAUGGCCCAGCAACGUUAAACCCCUUAGAAACAGAAUCCAGCACCUCCUUUUCCUCCUCACCUGUAUUAAUGAGUGUUUCUCAGGAAAGCGAGCAAACUGCUUCUAAUGCUGUCAGUGAGCACGGCUCUACAGCCACAAGGAAUGGACGCACUGAAGAAACAUCCUCUGCUCCUUCUGCCACUGUCACGGAAUCCAGCCUGGGCAUUACGUCCACCAAAGAUGCACUGUCACUAGUUACCUCUGAACCGAAUACACAGGAGGACAUAACAUCUUCCUCUUACCAAAGAACUCUGAACGAUGUAACAGGAAGAGACCGGAACUAUUCCUCACUGCAUUCAACUGCUGCAGAGACACCUAGAAAAGAUACAGAGAUGUCAGCUCUUCCAGUGAGCAGUGUUAUUCUGGACGGCAACACAGUGGCACCAACUACAACAUCCCGUUUCACCACAAAUAUUCCUCCGCAGACAGAGGUUUCUCAAAUCACUGGCACUAGUAAUACCAUUCCAAAGACAGUACCCAUGGGCAGCACAAGUAGCUAUAGAACUGAUACAGAAUCCAACAGCCCACCUGCCCUCACAAACAAAGUCUCCUCUACUGCUUCUGUAGCUUCUGAGUUGGGUGAUAAAAGUACAACUUUUGUUGGAAGCAAUCCAGUGACUCACCUAAGCACUAGAGCAGAAACCCCAGCAGAAAUAUCUUCCAACAGUCCAGCCACAACUGGAUUCUCCACAGAAACAACUCUGCCUUUGUCAACAAGAAGCAGAAGGGAUGGCCCUGCAACUUCAAACCUCUUAGAAACAGAAUCCAGCACCUCUUCUUCCUCCUCACCUGUAUCAAAGAGUGAUUCCCAGGCAAGCGAGGAAACUGCUUCUAAUGCUGUCAAUGAGCACGGCUCUACUGCCACAAGCAAUGCACGCACUAAAGAAACAUCCUCUACUCCUUCUGCCCCUGUCACGGAAUCCAGCUUGGGCAUUACGUCCAUCAAAGGUGGAUUGUCACCAGUUACCUCUGAACCAAAUACACCGGAGGACAUAACAUCUUCCUCUAACCAAGAAACUCUGAACGAUGUAACAGCAAGAGACUGGAGCCAUUCCUCACUGCAUUCCACUGCUGCAGAGACACCCAGCACAGAUAGAGAGAUGUCAGCUCUUCCAGUGAGCACUGUUAUUUUGGACAGCAGCACAGUGGCACCAAGUGGAACAUCCCGUUUGACCACAAAUAUUCCUCCGCAGAUAGAGGUUUCUCAAAUCACUGGCAGUAGUAAUACUGUUCCAAAGACUGUACCCAUGGGUAGCACAAUUAGCGAUACAACUGAUACAGUAUCCAACAGCCCACCUGCCUUCACAAACAAAGUCUCCUCUACUGCUUCUGUAGCUUCUGAGUUGGGUGAUAAAAGUACAACUUUUGUAGAAACCGAUCCAGUGACUCACCUAAGCACUAGAGCAGAGACCCCAGCAGAAAUAUCUUCCAACCGUCCAGCCACAACGGGAUUCUCCACAGAAACAACUCUGCGUAUGUCAACAGCAAGCACAAGGGGUGGCCCAGCAACAUUAAACCCCUUAGAAACAGAAUCCAGCACCUCUUCUUCCUCCUCACCUAUAUCAAAGAGUGAUUCCCAGGGAAGCGAGCAAACUGCUUCUAAUGCUGUCAGCGAACACGGCUCUACUGCCACAAGCAAUGCACACACUGAAGAAAUAUCCUCUACUCCUUCUGCCACUGUCACAGAAUCCAGCUUGGGCAUUACGUCCUCCAAAGGUGCAUUGUCACCAGUUACCUCUGAACCGAAUACACAGGAGGACAUAACAUCUUCCUCUAACCAACGAACUCUGAACGAUGUAACAGCAAGAGACUGGAGCCAUUCCUCACUGCAUUCAACUGCUGCAGAGACACUCAGGACAGAUAGAGAGACAUCAGCUCUUCCAGUGAGCACUGUUAUUCUGGAUAGCAGCACAGUGUUACCAACUGCCACAACCCGUUUGACCACAAAUAUUCCUCCGCAGACAGAGGUUUCUCAAAUCACUGGCUAUAGUAAUACUGUUCCAAAGACAGUACCCAUGGGCAGCACAAGUAAUGAUAGAACUGAUAGAGAAUCCAACAGCCUGCCUGCCCUCACAAACAAAGUCUCCUCUACUGCUUCUGUAGCUUCUGAGUUGGAUGAUAAAAGUACCGCUUUUGCAGGAACCAAUCCAAUGACUCACCUAAGCACUAUGGCUCAGACUCGAGCAGAAAUAUCUUCCACAACUAAAUUCUCUUCUGCUCUCACUGAGUUAGACACUUCAUUUUCAUUAACAUCUGUAACUUCAUCAGAAUCUAGUUCUGUUUCAAAUCCUGUCCAAAUUUCUACAGUUACUGACAUGAUUAAUGCCAAUGAAACCAUUAUGGUGUCCUCCAGAACACCUAAAUCUAUCAUAUCUAUUAAUGUUCUGAACACUACAAUAUCUCAGAUUUCUCCUACUUUUUCCACACCCAACAUAUCUGUUUCCCCACCAACUACAGCCACAAUAAUUUCUGCUAGUCCUACAAAGACAUCAUUAUCUAGCAAAUCCACAGUUAUUGUUUCUACAAUUGUAACAGCAGGAGAUACUUCCUCGAAGAAUACAAAGCCCACAGUUAGAAAUACAGCACCCGAAGCUGGCACUGUUUCAGCUAUCACAGAAAAUACAUUACCACAAGGAACUUGCACUUCACUUAUUUUUUCCAUACAACUUGAGAAAGUAACCAGUGAAGUGAUACAGUUGAAUUGGACUCCUGAAGGUGGGACAAGAGAUAGCCCUUACACUGUCUAUCUGUUGAGGGAUAACACAGUGACGAAUAAGAGCACUACGAAUGAAACAUGGAUAGCAUUUGGAGAUCUGGUUCCUGGUUAUGAAUAUAUAAUAUCUGUGGAAGUUUUAACUUGUGCUAAGAAGAUCAAUACUUCAAGGAGAGUUCGCACAGAAGCUAAAACAUUUGACGGAAAAACCAGGAUUACAAAUGAGGAAUUCAAACCUGAGUAUAACAACAAAUCAAGUGAAGAAUUUAAGGAUUUUGAAAAGAAGUUCAUUGCGGAGAUAAGAAAAAACUUGCCACCUGAGAUGCAAAGGUUACUAGAUGAAGGAAAAAUGCGUAUAGUAAUCAACAAUCUUAGUAGUGGCAGUAUAGUUGUGGACUUUAUGAUUGUUUUGGAUGUAGAAGAAAAUUUAACAAAAACAGAGCUCACAGCUGCUUUUACAGAGGCCUUUAACAACAGUACAGAAUUUCAAACGGAUGGCAACGGUACACUUAUAGAAGAAACGAAUAGUUGUGAGACGGGAUUUAAUGGUUGUUCUGAACAUGCCACAUGCAACGUUAGCGGGUCAUCUUAUUCCUGUCAGUGUCAGGCUGGAUUCACAGACUUUAGUCCCAAUGUACCUGGGAGAGAUUGCCGAGAACCAGCUGGAGAGCCGGUGACAAUUGCACCAUCAAGACAGCCAUCUACAUCAAAGCCAUCUGUUGAAAGCAUUAGCCUCACACAAGAAUCUAAAACUGCACCUGCAACUUCUAUAAACACGACAGUUCCGUUACCAGUGCUGAGUCCACAAUCUACAUCACUGAUAUAUCCAACCUCAGUAAAUUUAACAAAUUUAAUUACUUCCUUAAUAACUACUACACUUCAACCUACAAUUGAAGUCACUUCAACGAAUACUGUGAGUAAAGUGCCCACAAGUAACGUAACACUUAUCAGUCCUACUGGGAAUACUAUAAUUACAAGUACUGAAAUAGAUCAAAGUACUCCCACAGAAAAAACAACGCCAAUAUAUACAGACACAAUAGCAACUACAGAGAAACAUUUUUCAACACCCGCCAUGACUGAAACACGUGUAACUUUGCCAGUAUCUUCAUCAGUAGCUACAAAAGCCACAAAUACAUAUUCCAUAAAUAAUACAUCCCUGGAAACUACCCCCUUAGGAACAAUUGCGACGCAGUCCACUGCAGCUCCUGUGUCUAAUGCAGUGCUAACAAAUGGCACUUCUAGGCCUUCUCCUGCUACGGACACUAAUGACAUAUCUACAGCCCCUUCCACAAUAAUUAGUGUGGACACCACAAUAACACCUUCACUUGUUUCCACCACACCACUAUCCUUAUUGUCUACAGCUUCUUCUACAGAGAGAAUUUCUACAGGUUCAUCAGGUACAUCAUCUACUGAUACAACCAGAGUAACUGCGAUUGUGGAACUCAGCACUAAUUCUGUGAGUUCAACCACAAGAAUUUCAACAACAUUUUCUACAAUCCCUGUGACAACUCCAUACAGGUCUACAGUUGUAACAUCUCAUGAGACUUUCAACAGGACGACAAGGUCUACAGUUAUAGUUACAGGAUCUACAACAAAUCCUAUUUUAACUACCACAUCAGGAGCUUGCAGUGAGUUAAUUAAUAUUGCACAGUAA